AUGGGCCAUUUCAUAACGAAAAGACUUUUAAGAGACUGGAAACAGUUUAUGCGUCUGAAUAAUAAUUUAACUGCGACAGAUAGACAUCAGCAGCUAUAUUAUUUGAAACCACAGGAUUCAAAUUUACAUCUAUGGCAUUUAGUUAUCAUAGAUCCAGUAACCUCAUCGGAAAUAUAUCUAUUACUCUAUAUAGGUGGUGAUGAGAAUGAUAACGAUACAAAUCCAAUGAUUAUUAUGAAAUGUAUGACGCCGAAUAAUGUAUUUCCCAUGAAGAGAAAUAUAUCAUUGACACAUCUUAAUUAUAUACUAAGGGACUAUGGAUUCAAUGAUCUCCUCAACAAAAUAUGGAAUAUUUUUUACAAACAUGAACCUAAUUCAAAUGAACAACCACGAUCCCACCAACAUAGAUUAAUGUAUGCAUGGAAUCGUAUUAUGUAUAGAGAUUUUAAACUGCAAUUCCCUGAACUUUUGGGGACUCUUCAACCAGGUGAUUACGAAAUAGUGAAAGGGUUUGCUGACUCCAUUUCAAGAACAAAUAAUUCGAUUAUGGCCAGCAACUAUACAUAUUCAUCCAGAAGAUCUAUUCAUUUUGUUCAACAGCAAGAAGAAGAACAAGCAAGGCAACCAUUCCUACUUGAAAAUUAUUAUCCAUGUCAUUUAUCUCCAUCAAACCAUAAUGCAAACGAUUUAUGUACAACAGAAUAUGUUCUUGCUUGUGAUACAACAAUACCUGCAAAAUCCUCAAUGAAAAGAAGGUAUUCCAUUGAAUCAGAUAAACCUAUUCCAAAUGAGAACGAAAACGAAAACGAAAACGAAAACGAAAACGAAAACGAAAACGACUAUCCACACAAGAAAAGAUUCAAACAUUAG